AUGGAGCAUGGAUUCAGCUACGUUGGAUACGAUCCAACCAGUGACAAGGCGAUCAUUCAGUUUGGAAAUGAAGCCAAUGCUCGUCUUGUCCCUGCUCACGACCUUCUCAAGACCUCCGGUCAGGGCGAGUCCAAUCACUGCCAUACUUCCUUCAGCUAUGUCGGCUACGAUCCCAAGAGUGACAAGGCAAUCGUGCAGUACUCGGACGAAUCGUCGGCUAGACUGGUCCCUGCAGUGGAUGUUGUAUCAUGCGGUGAAUUUCCGCAGCUAGAGACUGCACGGAGAAGUGCUGGAUUCAUGUAA